UCGGUUAUAUACUCCACGUCUCACCGAGAAGGUACAUUUAAACCCAAAUCUGUGGCGGAGACGAGAGUGGAGAAAGAGACGCGCACUUAAAUGCACAACAACAACAACAGCAGCAGCAGCAGCCGAUACUCUCUCAUCGGGGAUCGAUCGGCCAAAUAGGGCGUCCUUUAUUCGGUGAUUUGUGGCGUUUUUGUUGGCAAGAUUAUUUUUUUCUGGAGAUGUCCAACGUCCAGUUAUCGUGCAGCGCGCUGGAGAGGCUGGUGGCCAGGAGGACCUUCCCUCUCCACAAACGCACCAGCGUCUGCCGCAACCUCUUCGGACCGGUGGAUCACGACGACCUGAGCCGGGAGAUGAAAGACAAGCUGAGUGAGAUUUCCGAACGGGACCAGCAGAGAUGGAACUUUAAUUUCGAGGCCAACACCCCGCUGGUUGGGGAUUAUGAGUGGGAAGAGGUGCCCGUGGAUACGACCCCGGGUUUUUAUAAGGACUCUGUACAGAACGGCAGGAGCAGGGCGGCCGAGGAGGCGCCCGGAAAGCAGAGGCCCCUCUCGGACUCGGUGUCCUCCGAGAGCCCCGAUAUGGAUGUACUGGAGCGGCUGGCCGUGCCCGAGAGCAGCAGCAGCAGCGCUCCGUGCCCGGCGGAGGUGAACCAGGAGAACCGCGCGGAGGAGCUCAACUCAGGGAGGCCGGCUCACAGACAGACUCCGUGUGUGAGACGCAAGAGGACGGCCGCGACAGACAACAACAACACGCACAUCACAGACUUCUUCGUGAAACGAAAGAGGGCCGCUGAUAAAAAAUCUAAUGAUAUGAGCGCGUGCCACCACUCCAAGUCUCCGAUCCCGCUGGAACAAACUCCGCGAAAGAGGAUUCGUUGAAGGUGUUUCUUUUUGGUGGUUUUCUUUUGCACUAUUCGCCUGCGCAUUUUUUGUUUUUUUUGGAGCAUCAAGACGAGGAUGUUUUCUUCCUGCUUCUUCUUGGAGGAGAACACGGGGGUCGGUUUGCGGGAGGUAAAGAAGCCCGACCGGCACCGGUUUGUUUCGGCUCGACGCGCAGCCCGAACUACCGGAGCAGACUCUCAGGACUGAACGGUUUGGAGGAGGAAGGAGGGAGGAGGAGGAGAGGAGAGAGAGAGAGAGGACAUUUCGACCGAAUGACUUCUAUCCAGUACAAAUGUAGCAUCCAUUGUUGCUUUUGCAUACAGCCACUCGACAGUGUUAAAUGUUUUAACAUCUGUGCAAUCCUAAAUUACUUUAAAAAAAAAGAAUUGUCUACACUGGCCAAAAGUGUACAGCUUUAUAGAGACAAUAGCCUAUAAUUGUUUAUUUCUGUUCCGUUAUGAUUAUUUUCUUCUGUAUAUGUAUAUUUUUAAGUCUAUUCUAACUUAUAAUUUAUUUAUGUUUCUUUUAUAUUUGUUAAAUGCCUUGUUGGUUUAGCCAGAGGGCACGCUUUUUAUUAUUAUUAUUAUUUUAUUAUUAUUAUUAUUAUUAUUAUUUCCCAUUUUGUGUUGUGAUGUUUUUUUGCAAUCAUAUAGCUUAGUAGUUGACACUUGAAAAAAAAAACAUAGGUUUCUUUGUGUUUCUGAGCCGUUAUUCUUUCUUUUUUGUGUGCAUACAAGUGCCCCAUAAUUAUGUCUUGUAAAAGAUGAGAAUAAAAUAUUUUUCACUUCAACUUUAA